CCGUAGAAGGAGCCGGACAGGUCUAUACGUCAAAGCAGUUCACAGAAGUACGACGUUUAGGCUCCUUGUAGGUUGGGGAAAUCAGGUCAUGCUGCGCGGCAUGUGGGAUCUUAGUUCCCCGACCAGGGAUCAAAUCCAUGCCCCCUGCAGUGGAAGCACGGAGUCCUAACCACUGGACCACCAGGGAAUUCCCUGCUCUAGCAAAUUAAUCAACCCAAGGAGGGGGGUCAUUGGAACCUGCCAUCUGUGGCUGGUUGCUUAGAAGUACACGUGACAAUCUGGACUUGUGUUUGCACAUGAAGUAGGAGGUAAAAGCCAGUCUCAUAGGACUGAGCCUUCAACCGGUGGGAUAUGAUAUUAUCUCCAGGUACAUAGCGACCGAAUUGAGAUAAACUGUCGGACACCCAGCCAGUGUUGUAGCAUUGCUUGGUGGUGUGUUCAAAAAACCCACAUAUUCAAAUUGGUGUCAGAAUCGUACCUUCUUCUGGAUGAGUUUCUUGUUAUUACGUUUCCCUCUUCUGGUAGCACUGCAAAUUAUGUACUUUAAGAAAAUUAUUAGUGUUCAUUACGACACUAGAGAUUACACAUCACAUGUAAUUAUUCUUUGUCAAAUUCUUACGUUAAUUAGUACUUCUGCACUUUCCUCUGACAAUACAGUAGUCUUAGAGCACCUCAACUUCAUUUCCCACCUUCUAAUUUAUGCACUGUUAUUUUGUAUUUUAGUUUUUUAUGUAUUUAAAACCUCCUAAGAUAUUACCAUUAUUGCUUACAAGACAUUGCUUCUGGUUUGCCCAGUACAUUGGUUUUUAAACUGAAGUGUGUGUACUCACAGGGUGUAUAAAAACGCUUGAGGAGGUUCCUGAGCGCACACGGUUUAAAGGAAAGCAGUGCCCAGCGCCUCUCCUCCCAUACGGUCCCUUUUGUAUAAUUGAGCUGCCUGAGAGUCUCCUGCUCCUGAGGCCUGCUGCUGGGAUGAUUCUCUUUUCCCUCAUUCCCUCUGACAGUCACCGCACUUCAACUUCACGAAAUAAAGGAAUACCCCCACCACAGUCAGAAUCUUAGGCUUUUUGGGCAGAGGAAUAAAGUCGUCUGGGGCAACAGUCUUCUGGGGACACUCAGCAAUGCUGUGGACAUUGGGCUAAGGUGAGCGCCCAGAAGCAGCGUUAGCAUCUGAGCCCAGAAGAAAUGUACCCUCAGUUUGAAUUUUCUCCUCAACCCACAGGUCCUGACUCUCUAGGAGCAAAAGAAUCAGUAGAAGGAGGAAGAAGUUACAGGAUUUGGUAUCAGCAUUUCUUGGGACACACUUGAUUGAAGACAGAACAGAAUUUAGAGCAGAUCCAGAAGACACAGCGACAGAACCUCCCUGUUGCCAGCUGUUUUCAGAAAACCGAAGAAAAUGAUCAAGGCCCAGGAGACCCUGACAUUUGACGAUGUGGCCGUGGACUUCACGUGGGAGGAGUGGCAGUUCCUGGCCCCUCCUCAGAAGGACCUGUACCGGGACGUGAUGCUGGAGAACUAUAGCAACCUGUUGUCUGUGGGUUAUCAAGCCAGCAAACUAGACAUACUCUCCAAGUUGGAUCAAGGAGAACCAUGGACGAUGGAAGAUGAAAUCCACUGUCGAACCCAUUCAGAAGUCUGGAAAGUUGAUAAUCACCUGCUGGAGCACUUACAAAAUGAGAGCAUGGAGAAGAGACUAGAACAAUGGCAUGAACAGAACCCACUGGAAUAUUCUGUUCAUCGGAGCAGAACUCAUUUUCUGUUCAGGCAAAAUCAUGGUAUGUUUGACUUACAUGGAAAAAGUAUGAAAUCAAAUUUAACUUUACUUUCCGAGAGCAGGAGCUAUGAAAUAAAGAGCCCUGCUGAGUUUACUGGAGAAGUCAGAUCCUGUCUCCAUGCUGACAAUGAACGGUUUCAUACUGAAAUUAAAUUCCCCAAAAGCCAAAAACUCAUCAGUACUAAUUCCCAAUUCAUCAAGCAUCAGAAGACUCAAAAAAUAAAGAAAUCUCAUGUAUGUGGUGAAUGUGGGAAAGCUUUCAUCAAAAAGUCUUGGCUCACUGAUCACCAGAAUCUUCAUACAGGAGAGAAGCCCCAUCGAUGUAAUCUAUGUGGGAAAGCCUUCUUCAGAAAGUUCAAGCUCACUGAACAUCAGAGAACGCAUACAGGAGAGAAACCUUAUGAAUGCAAUGAAUGUGGCAAAGCCUUCCUCAAGAAAUCAGGGCUCAGUGUCCAUCAGAAAACCCAUACUGGGGAGAAACCAUUUAUAUGCAGUGAAUGUGGAAAGGGCUUCAUCCAGAAGGGAAAUCUUAUGGUGCAUCAACGGAUUCACACAGGCGAGAAACCUUAUAUAUGCAAUGAAUGUGGAAAAGGCUUCAGCCAAAAGACGUGCCUCACAGCACACCAGAGAUUUCACACAGGAACGACUCCCUUUGUGUGUGGGGAAUGUGGAAAAACCCUUUCCCAGAAGACAGGUCUCAUUAAACACCAAAGGACUCACACAGGAGAGAAACCCUUUGAAUGCAGCGAUUGUGGGAAAGGCUUUAUCGAGAAGCCGCAGCUCGUUAUCCAUCAGAGAAUCCAUACAGGGGAGAAACCCUAUAGAUGUAGUGAAUGUGGGAAAUCAUUCAGAGGGAAGUCAGUCCUCAAUAAACAUCAGAAAACUCACUCAGUCAAGGUGGAAAAUCCUCCCUCAGAGGGUCACAGGUCCUCACAGAGUAGUGUUGUCCUCCAAGAGAAAAACCUGAAUACAGUGACAAUGCAAGUACCUUCUGUGGUCCCUCAGACAUCAGUCAACAUCAGUGGGCUCCUAGCAAACAGGAAUGUAGUCAUAGUGGGACAGCCUGUGACCAGAUGUGCACCCGCAGGAGAAAGCAGAGGGUUGGCACAGGAGAGAACCCUUAUGAAUGCAGUGAAUGUGGUUGUGCCUUCAGUGGUCAAUUAUAUUUUAUUUUAUGUCACAGAAAACCAGUAGGGAAAAAAUUAAGACAUUCUCUGAGGAAAAGGGUUGAGUGAAAAUUUCUAGUUCAUAUGGUGGCUGAAAAGUAUACACUGAGAGAAACUGUAUAAAUGCUGAGACUGGGAGCACGUGACCUACUCAUCCAAUUACAUAUAUGCCUUGAUACAGAGGCAUAAUCUGAUGUUAACCCAAACACACAAACGUCAGUUGCUCUGUUGUGUCAGUUAAAUAAAUGAAGGAAGCCUGUGUUCAACUAA